AUGAAUCAUAUUCUGAUAUUUCCACAUCCAUCACAAGGUCAUAUAUUGCCUCUCAUGGACCUAGCUCAAACUCUGGCCAACCAUGGUCUCAACAUCACCUUCGUUAACACCGAAACCAAUCAUCAUCGCCUCAUCACGACUCAUGCCUUUCCCGAUGAUGAUGAUGGAUCAGGUUUCAUCAAUAGGAUCCGACUAGUUUCCAUGCCUGAUUGGGAUAGACCACACCAUGAGAUGCAUGCAAUCAUGAUACCAAAGGUCGAAGAACUUAUAAGGAAGAUUAAUCAAGAUUGUGAGAAAGAAGGGAGGCCUAUUACAUGCUUCCUCGCAGAUUACUUUGUCGGUUGGCUCUUAGAGGUCGGUAAGAAGAUGGGAAUCAAGACGGCAGCUUUCACCUCAUUUUCGGCCGCUUCUUUGUUGUUGAUGUCAAACGUCUACAAGUUUAUUGAUGACGGUAUUAUAGAUAUCGACCACGGGAUUCCAUUAAAGAAGCAAAAGAUUGAAUUCUCACCAAUGAUUCCCGCCAUUAAUGCGGAAGAUCUGCCUUGGUUGAAAUUCAAAACAUCCAUCGAACGAAAGAUUAUUUUUGAGAUGGCAAAAAUGAACAAGAAAGCUGAACAGUUGGCACAAUGGACCAUCAUCAACACAAGUCAAAACCUCGAGCCAGCCGCAUUAGCCCUAGUUCCACAUGUUCGACCCAUAGGUCCGGUCUUCUUGGUCAACCAACUAGAAGAGAGCCCGGUUAUAAGUCACCUCGAGCCAGAGGAUUCCACUUGCAUGAAAUGGUUGGAUCAUCAAGCACCAAACUCUAUGAUAUAUAUUGCAUUUGGGAGCACAACUUCUUUUAGCCACCCCCAAUUUCUUGAAUUGGCUAGCGGGCUUGAGCUCACCAAUAGGCCGUUUCUUUGGGUACUCGGGCCCAAUGUUGGCGAGCUCAUUUACCCGGAAGGGUUCUUGGAACGGGUAGCGAGUCGCGGGAAAAUGGUGAGGUGGGCACCUCAGAAGAAGGUUCUAAGGCACCCUUCGGUUGCUUGCUUCUUCACUCAUUGUGGUUGGAAUUCGACCAUUGAAUGUGUUAGCAAUGGUGUACCUUUGUUGUGUUUGCCUUACCUAGGUGACCAAUUCAUGAAUGAGGAUUACAUAUGUAAUGUUUGGAGAGUGGGAAUUGGAUUUGAGAGAAUGGAGGAGGAGAAGAUCAUAAUUACAAAGGAAGAAAUCAAGGACAAAGUUGAGAUAUUGCUUGGUGAUCAAUCUUUUAAAGCAAGAGCUUUGGAGCUUAAGGAAUCAACAUUAUGCAUUGCCAAGGAGAAUGGUAACUCCAAAGAAAACUUGCUUCAUUUUAUAGAGUGGGUGAAGAAUUAA